UGGAGAGCAUAAUUGAAAGAUUGUCAUAUAUGGUUUUGAAAAUAAUUACUGUAUGAUAUUAGAAAAUUGUAGCCAACAAUAUUAGACAUUAUAAGAUAGCCAUAAUUAUUUAAAUUCUUAGCCUAGAGGAAAUUGGAUAUGAUUAUUCUCUUGCCCCUUCAUAUUAAUUCUUAAAACUUUUCUGGUAAUUAAAGGUAUGACCAUAAAAUUUUAUUAACAACCUUUAGAUCUAAAUGUAUCCUAAUUUAACAUUUUCACCUAAAACAUAAUGAUAUUUAGAUAAGUGAUAAUGGAAAGAUUAUUGAAAUCGGUGAAGGUAUAUGGGGUAAUUGUAUGUGUAAACAAGUAAUUCCUAAGACUGGUAAAAUACGCUUUGCAUUCGAAAUGCUGGGAAUUGGAAAAGAGUGUUUGAUUGGAAUUGGAUUUAGAGAAAUUGUUAAAUAAAAAGGUUACAUAGGUGCUGGUUAAGGAAAAGGGUAUUCAAUUUUAUUAAUUUUAUAAUAGAUCAUACUUAUUAUUUCAUAAUUCUGAGCCAUAUUUUCAUCAUACUCAUAAUACUCAAGGAAAGGCAUUUCAAUUUAAAAUUAACGAUAUAGUAAUAAUAGAAGCGAGUGUAGAAUAAUCUUAAGAUUUGUAUCCAUAUGUGGAUUUGUGCAAUUCAAAAGUGAGAAUCAAAGAUAUAUCAUGA